AUGACGCUGGAUAUACGCUCCCACAAGGCCGGGGCUUCGUACUACCGUUAUGAUCCCUCACUGGCAGUCGCGAUUGUUGCUGCUGUCUUUUACUCAAUUGCAUUUGUCUUAACAUUCAUUCAAUGGAUCCGCUACAAGGCAUGGAUAUGGGCUGUUAUGGUCGUGGCCUCAGCAAUGGAGGCCGUUGGCUACAUCGGCCGAUGCGUUUCAACCCAGAACGUAACAGCAAGAUCAAUCUACGUCCUCCAAUUCGCCCUGAUUAUCCUCGCGCCGGUCCUCAUGGCCGCCUGCUGUUAUAUCAUCUUCAGCCGCAUUCUGUUCUUAGUCGUCCCUCAUGAAGCUCGCACAUUCCAGCUCUGUUGGGUUCCACCCCGAUGGAUCACGCCGAUUUUCGUCGGAUUCGACAUCGUCGCCCUCCUCCUGCAAUUAGUCGGAGCUGUGAUGAUUUCUUCAGUCAGCACCACAGAUAAAGAUGCAGCUAGUCGAAUUGACAAGGGUAAGGGUAUCGCCCAGGCUGGAGUCAUUAUCCAAUUGGCCGCAUUUGGGCUCUUUGCUGUGGCAGCUGUGCGAUUCAACUUCACUUCUAAGAGAUUCGCGAAAGAACUGGGCGAGCGGUAUGAUCAUGUUGAUGAGAAGAAUUACUCUAUUGGUGGAAUUGUGAAGAAUAAGCAUUGGCCUGCAUUGUUGCGGGUUGUUAAUCUUACUACUUUGCUGAUUCUGGUUCGUUCUAUUUUUCGUCUCGUGGAGUUUUCCUCAAGCGUGACUGGAUAUGUCAACACGCAUGAGUGGACAAUGUAUGUCUUUGAUGCAUUGGUCAUCUAUCCCUGCGUUGCGCUGUUUAUCAUUUGGCACCCCGGAAGAUAUUUACCUUACCUUGGCCUGCGUUUGCCCAAAGAGGCUCGGACAACUAGUACCAACUAG